AUAUGAUUGGGGGAACCGAUGGGAUUUUAAAAUGAAUGGUGUUGUUUAAAACGUCGUCCGCGCGGUGUUAGCGCCAGUGUUGGCAAGAUGGCCGCGGAAGUGUACAUGUGUUGAGUUCUACUCUAGUGAGUAUGUCUGCUACUAGGGCGCAGGGGAACAUUAAAAAAAGGGGACAUCAGCACCAUCCAAGAAAUGAAGGCAACAGAAGGAGGCCCGCCCUAGAAAACAACGUCGAUUCAAAUCCUCCCCUGAGUGUUUACAGUAAGGAAAACGUAGUGACAGUGCAAGAAAACAAAACAACACCUAACCCCCAUGUGAUAUCAAGUGCUUGCGAAAGACCUUCAACACUUGACUUGAACGUCAACAAUAAACCUAAAUGUGAUACUAUUGAAGUGAUAGAUUUGACCAAUUGUGAUGACGACGCAGCUAAAAGCGAUAAAUUAGAAAAAGUUGACAUUAGAAAAAGUAUAGACGACGUUGUUGUUACGAAAACCAUCAAAGAUGAACGCAACCAAAAACUUCGCAAACCCAAAACCCCAAAAGAGAAAGCAAACAACAUCAAGACGCCUGAGCAAGAAGACAUGUCUCUCGUGUUCCGUCCAGCUGCGGAAGGGUCUAGUUUAAGUGACCAAGAAUGCGAAGAAACAAGGGAUGAUGAUCCCGAAGUGGUAGAGUUAUCCAAGCUCCGCUGUACGUCCGAACGGACCGAAGUGGUAGCAGAACGAGAGACGAGGCGUCGAAAUCGGCGAUGUGCCGACUAUCCAGGAUUGGCAUUCGCCAGUUCCAUCUUUAGUUCCGAUACUCUGAUGAAGUUUUCGAUUAUUCGAAACGAGCUACACAAUAUAAUGAAUACUCAGUUGAAAAGGGCCGAGUCCGAAGUCGCGGCCCUCAAUCGUCGUAUCCAACUCCUGGAAGAAGACUUGGAACGUUCUGAAGAACGUUUGGCUACCGCCACCGCCAAAUUGGCUGAAGCAUCCGCCGCCGCCGAUGAGAGCGAAAGGAUAAGGAAGGCCCUUGAAAACAGGACAAACAUGGAAGACGAUAGGGUAUCCAUAUUGGAGAGUCAGCUCGCUCAGGCCAAACAAAUUGCCGAAGAGGCUGACAAAAAAUACGAAGAGGUUGCCAGAAAAUUGGUUCUUAUGGAACAAGAUCUAGAGAGAGCGGAAGAAAGAGCCGAAGCCAAUGACAGCAAAAUCGUAGAGUUGGAAGAAGAACUUCGCGUAGUUGGUAACAACUUGAAGUCUCUUGAAGUAUCUGAGGAAAAGGCCACAGCGAAAGAAGAAGAAUAUUCUGUGACAUUAAAACAGGUGGAACAACGAUUGCAUCAGGCUGAAGCCCGUGCUGAAUUUGCUGAACGUUCCGUCCAGAAACUUCAGAAGGAAGUUGACAGACUAGAAGACGACCUGUUGGCUGAGAAAGAAAAGAAUAAAGUAUUAGCUGACGAAAUGGAAGCAACCUUACAUGACAUUCAGAAUAUGUAAAACUUAUCCCAUUUCAAGGAUACAGUGUUUAACAAUCAUUUCAAGAAACAUUCUGGGACCAAUUAUCAAAUUAAUAUAAUAUUUAUAUAUUGAAUAAACCACUCUGCAUAAAUGAGACUUUGAAUUGGUGCUUAUCAGCUAUUAAUUUAUAUAAUUUUGGCCUCGUUAAUUUUGAUUUUUUAUUGUCCAAGACAAUGUAGAAAUUCAAGCACAAUUUAGAUAGAUAGAUAGGCUUUAUUUAAUUUUCCCAACAUUUUUAAUUUUGAUAUUAACGAAGCAGUCAGUCUUCUGUCUGUUGAUCUCUGAAUAGAGCUGCAAUAUUUGAAUAAUCAACACUGCCAUAAAAUAUAAUUUGGGCAAUAAUGCUUAAUGUUGCGAUUAGAUAUAGAUUUCCAAUUUAUUGUUAUGAAAUUACUGAAUUUAAAUGAAUCUAGAUCUAGUACAAGACCUCAAGCUUCGUUAAUGUUAAUUGCAUUGAAGUCGUACACAACUUAUUUUUUGUAUAUUGUAUAAUAAUUAUAUUAAUAAAUCAAAUAAUAUGAAGAAUAAAUUUAAUAUAUACACAUAUAUUUCAGUUUAUUCUUUAUGUUGUCUGAUCUAUUCAUUCCAUAUUGUAAAGAUGAUUAGUUAUUUUUAGUAAACUUGAGUACUUUAAUUCACAUAAUAUAUUUAAUAAUACUAUUGGAUUCAUUAAAUUUUUCACAAGUAUUAUUAUAGUCAUUGUAAGAACUUCUAUUUUAAAAUUUGUUUAUAUUUUUUCUAAUAGUACAUAUGUAUUUAAUGUAGUUAAACUAAUAUAAAAUAUUUUUAAUUAUU